GCCCCGGCCUCGCCUAGAUUGCACGGCCGGCCGAGGCUGGGGGCUGGGCCGCUAUCCCCCGCCCCCCCCGCGCGACAAUAAUACUAUUUAAUCGCUGUGCGUUGCCAGGGGCAACUCGCGUUAGAGUUUCGCGCCGGCGCAGCAGCGAGCCGGUCGGCAUAAAUAAAUAAAUAUAGAUAAAUCGCACCGAAACGCGAUUUUAACCACUUUAAAGUUUAGGGAUGGAAAAACGGAAUAGCCUAUUCCCACCGCGGGGCCUGGGGCGUGCCGCCCGGCAAAUUUUUUUUCUACGCGAUCCCCACGGUCCGAGAGCCAAAUCCCCCGCAAGCGAGCGUACGCAGACGGACGGACAGACAUACGGACAGACAAAAAAUGCCUUUUAUAGGUUAGAAGAAGAUAUGCAGGCUGUAUACUACUUAGGAUCAUAUUACACAAUGCGACUUCAUGUGUUAGAUCUCAUAAUCGAAUUAGACUUGCACCUGGAUGAGGUUGGGAUGGGUGACUACUUGUGUAAUAGAUAUCAUAGGCUAAUGUUUAACGAUGUGGCUGGAGAGGGCAGAAUGCCACGUACCUUUAUUGUUCUGUAUGUCCAUGCUCCCACGUCUAAACAAUCUACAUUAUGUCAACGUCCAUCCCUUGCUUUUCUUUCAAAGUGACACCAAAACCCCCGGUAGAGGAAAAGCCAACAAAGCCAGCUCCUGAAGAGAGUGGCGCUCCUCCUCCAGAGCCAACUGGAUCGAAGGACAAGACACCCCCACCUCCAACCUCCAGCAGCAAGGAGCCAGAACCAUCACCCCCAACUCCAGGCCCAGAAGACUGUACUCCAGGCUGGUCUGACUGGUACCAUGAGCAAUAUCCUGAUGAAGAAAAUGGCGGAGAUGAGGAAUCUUACCAGAAGGUCAUAGCCUCAGGGAAAGUGGUUUGUCUGCCUGACUCACCGGUGCAAAACAUUGAAUGCAAAGCCGAGAGAUUCCCCAAUACCCCAUGGCAGGAAUUGGGCCAGACAAUAACUUGUGACAAGAAUAAAGGACUGAAAUGUGUCAAUGAGGAUCAAGGAGGACUGCCAUGUUACAACUACAAGGUCAGAUUCUGCUGCUCCACAGCAGGUGGACCCCCUGCACCAACUCCAUCUAAAGCAAGCCCAGAACCAACUGCAUCGAAGGACAAGACACCCCCACCUCCAACCUCCGGCAUCAAUGAGCCAGAACCAUCACCUCCAGAAGGGCCAGUGACACCGAAACCCCCGGUAGAGGAAAAGCCAACAAAGCCAGCUCCUGAAAAGAGUGGCGCUCCUCCUCCAGAGCCAACUGGAUCGAAGGACAAGACACCCCCACCUCCAACCUCCAGCAGCAAGGAGCCAGAACCAUCACCCCCAACUCCAGGCCCAGAAGACUGUACUCCAGGCUGGUCUGACUGGUACCAUGAGCAAUAUCCUGAUGAAGAAAAUGGCGGAGAUGAGGAAUCUUACCAGAAGGUCAUAGCCUCAGGGAAAGUGGUUUGUCUGCCUGACUCACCGGUGCAAAACAUUGAAUGCAAAGCCGAGAGAUUCCCCAAUACCCCAUGGCAGGAAUUGGGCCAGACAAUAACUUGUGACAAGAAUAAAGGACUGAAAUGUGUCAAUGAGGAUCAAGGAGGACUGCCAUGUUACAACUACAAGGUCAGAUUCUGCUGCUCCACAGCAGGUGGACCCCCUGCACCAACUCCAUCUAAAGCAAGCCCAGAACCAACUGCAUCGAAGGACAAGACACCCCCACCUCCAACCUCCGGCAUCAAUGAGCCAGAACCAUCACCUCCAGAAGGGCCAGGUGUGUUCAUUUUGUAAGAUUAUAUAUAUACUAGCGGUAAGUACCCGGCGUAGCCCGGGUAAAAAAAUCUAUUUCAAAACUUCUCUUUAAAACCGUACAUUUACAUACACAGAUAGUAAGCUGUUAUGAAAGCCCUGUGGGCCGUUUGUCCAUUUCUCCACCAACGAAAUUAUAAGAAGCUUGCACAAGUCCAGAAAGUUAUAGAAAGUGGGGGGUAAAUAGUUUAUCUAAAAGGUUUCUGAAAAUUGUCGACCCCCCCCUCAAAAAUA